GGAAACGCCGGGAUUCAGGAGGUGUGCGUGAUCGACAGCUCCCGGGCCCAAUCCCCGCGCGGAGGUUCCCGUCCCUUUGGCUUUCUCCAGCCAUGGGCGGGGAAGGAACAAUGGGAGGAAAAGGAGGUGGAAGCGGGAGGAAAAUGGCAGCGGGAGCGACGGCCGCGGGGAGGAGAGGAGCCUGCUUCCCGGCGCUCUUGGUGGCAGCCGCCUCGGUGGUGUGCCUGGCCCAGGUUUCAGCUGUGGAUGUACACACACCAACAGAACUUUCUGUGGAGAAUGGAACAGAAGCAAAACUUCCUUGCACCUUUGCAUCAUCUGAAGUGAUCAGCAGUGCAGCUUCCGUUACCUGGAGCUUUCAAGCAGAGGGAUCAACUACUUCUGUGUCGUUCUUCUAUUAUUCCAAUGGGAGAGCAUAUCCUGGGAAAAGUACACAAUUUAAAGACAGAAGCAGCUGGGCUGGAGACCUGAAUAAGAAAGAUGCGUCUAUCAAUAUAGCAAACAUGCAGUUUCAAGACAACGGAACUUACAUCUGCGAUGUCAAGAACCCUCCAGAUAUAGUUGUCACUCCAGGAGAAAUCAAAGUCAGAGUUGUGGAGAGAGGAAACUUGCCCCUGUUUACCCCUACCCUUGUGGCAGGAAUAAGCAUUGGUGGAGUUCUGGGUUUAGGUUUACUCAUCAUUCUUAUUGUGUGUGUCGUGUACAGAAAGAAGAAUUCUAAAAAACAUUACUCUGGCUGCAGUACCUCUGAGAGCUUGGUGUCUCCAGUUAAGCAGGCUCCACGGAAGUCCCCCUCCGACACAGAGAGUCUGGUAAACAGCGUGCCCACCCGAUCACACCAGGGCCCAGUAAUUUAUGCACAGUUAGAUCACUCCGGAGGGCAUUGCAGUGACAAGAUCAUCAAAUCAGAAUCUGUGGUCUAUGCUGAUAUUCGGAAAAACUGAGAAGAUCCCAGCCUACCCAAAGCUAAACAAAAAUUCAAACUGGAAUCGCUUGAAUAAAGUUGACCCAGAGAACUCACAUGUGGCCUUUGACGCCUAGGCUAGGACCAAUGCAUGUGUAUACAGAGAGAAAGAGAUUAUAUAUGUAUUGUGUGUAAAUAGUCUUAUUUAAUCGUACAGAAAUGAGACCAAUGUUGCAUGUUGAACUAUGAUAAGAACUCUGCUUAUAAAUUGCCAAUAUUUUUUCUUUUAUAUUUAGGAUAAGGGGAAGAAAGCAAAUAUUCAUUUUACACCUUUAGGUAAUGUGUCUUAGUUGUUCUGUGGAAAAACUGGAAAAUUCCUGGAUAUUCUAGUGGAUUUGAUAUUUUGUUUUUUACAGAUGCUUUCCUUUUUCUUUCUUUUUUUUUUCUUUUUUUGUUGAAAUGGACAUUAGAACUGUUUCUGCAUGAUUCCUUUUCCUCAUUUGGUGCUUUCUACACUCACUUGAUCAUACUUAACUCUUGUCCUUUCAUUCCAACACCCUUGUUUUGCCAAGGGAAAAGCUCUUACCUGCCUUCAACUUCCAGCAUGGUUUCCUCUUGGCUAGAGCCAAGGUUUUAUUUCAGGACAUUGACAAACCUUUGUCCUGUUUUAAUUAAAAGCUAUAAAUGAAAUGGCUUUUUUAACUUUAUGAAUUUUCAGCAAUCCUAAUAAUGCAGCAUUAAUAAAAGACCCCCUUUUUACUUUACUCUUUCUCCUUUAUAUUUCUAAGUGCAAGUUCUUCUGGGUCUAGUGGGAUUUCUGCAAUAAAAAUUACCUAAAUCCAAUAUUUUUGAAUAAAAAUAGGGCAGCGAAGUGCUAGGUGGAUCUUCGGUUUGAUCCUAGUAAGACUUGCUUGAAGCUCUUGCAUUUGUCUGCUACUGGUAAAUUUAAAAAAGUUUAUCAGAUUUUGCUAUUCUAAGCAGAUAUAGCUAGAAUUCUCAGUAACCCAUUUCUACUGUUUUAUUCCACUGCCAUAAGGGGACACUUCAUGGAAGGCAUGAAGUGUGAUGGGAUAUUAAGCGUGAGCUUCCAAGGGACAGGGUAAAGGUCCUAUUCACACUAGUUCUUUUUAAUAUAUACAAGUUUACCUUAAAACAAGAAUGCCUGUUGUUUUUCUGCUGUGGGAUGAGCUAUGCAUCCCUGCCUUUGUUUUCUGAUGACACAAAACCUCUGAACCCACAUUUAGUUUCUCCUUUCCCCCAUCCAGUGUUUCAGGCAGGUGGUCUACUGCUGCUAGUUUGGACAAGCAUCUUGCAUGUUUCUCUGCUUAUGCAUUUUUCUCAGCAAUCUUUUUUAAAGUAUAGCAUUAAAUGUCUGGAGUGAUUAUUUCUUCUUGGCUAAAUCAUGGUGUGACCAAGUACCUCUAAGAUUUGACAAAGCAUAGAGGGGAAUAAUUUUUCCCCUGACAGGCUCUACCAAAUUUUAUCCUAAGUUGUGUGUCCUUAAUAUAUGGUUUUCAAGAGAUUUAAAUGAAUUCAACCAGAAUUGUUGACUAAGAUUCUAUUCUGUGGCUAGUUUAGUGUUCUACCUUGUCAUCUCAGUAAUGUAAUUUGGCUGCAACCCUGAGCCCAUUUACCGUGGAAAUAAAUUCCAUGAAUUGGACUUGCUUUUUGAAUACAUAUGAACAGAGUCUCACUUCUUUUGUGAACUUUGGUUUAUGAAAAUGCUCCUUCUGAGGGGUUAUUUUAUCUUGAAAGAAGAAAUGAUGCUUCUGGCUUAAUUUAACUGAAGGCUUCUUCAAGAUUUGCCUGAAUUAGAGAGCUACUGUUAGUGUCUUUAUCUAAACUUGUAGUAUAGAUUGGUUACAACAAGUGGUCAUUAGUGACAUAUAAAUGAAACAACCCUUCAAUUCCUUCUCUCUCUUUUGAACUCUUUAACUGUGACACUUGUUUAUUGGUGCAACGUUGAAGAUUCAUUUAUGUUGUCUUAUUUCAUGCAGCCUGCUUUUACAACAAAGUCACGACAAAAUUUGUCUUAUAACAUCUGUUAUUUUCUGUGUUCCUCACGUUUAACUUUCCUGGGGUCUGUUUCAGAGUUUGUACCUCAGUAUUUAACUUGGCUAGAGAGAAUUCUUCUACUGCCUCUUAUCCUAGCCAGUCUCUUGAUGCUCCAUUGUUAAGAGUCUUUCUCUUUUUAUUGUGAAGUGGUUAAUAUUUUAAUUUGUACUUAUGCACAUCACAGAUGAAUUAGAUGUGCUUGUCUUAUUUUUUGUUUUACCAGAACUGAAAUUGUUGCAUCAUGAUGAGUUUUUCACAUCUUCCUUAUACCAAGACUCCACCCCAUAGGUUUUUAUGCAUUGUAUAACAUGAUGUUAGAGCUCAUAGGAGUAACAGAAGUGCAUUUUGACAAAUUAGUAAUCCUAGAAUCCAUUUCCACAACUAACAUUGCAGGAGUAACAUGAACGAGAAUGUAGUGAAGAUUAAUUCAAGGAUAAUGAGAGAGAGAAAUAUAAUUUCGACAGUAAUGCUAAUCAGUGCAUCAAUCGGGCCACCCAUUUUAGAGAGCUUAUGAAGCUACUCAUAAUGUUCAAAAAUGUUUCUUUAUGGAAUACAACCUUCUGCAUUUUCUCUUCUUUAUUCGUUUGAGAAAAUAUAAAAAAUUAAGGUGCUUUUAAAAGCUUCAUGUGAACUGCACAUGAACUGCACUCUUAGGGCCCUUCCACACAGCCAUAUAGCCCAGAAUGCCAAGGCAGAAAAUCUCACAAUAUCUGCUUUAAACUGGGUUAUUUGAGUCGACACUGCCAUAUCUCCCAGUUCAAAACAGAAAAUGUAGGAUUUUAUUCAGCUGUGUGGAAGGGGCCUUAGUUUGCUUGUCCUCUUUAGAGCAGGAAUGAGCAGAAGGUAGGCUUCUAUCAGUUAAUAGACUAGUGAGAAACUACAGGUAGACCACCUUAACAAGUGGAAGGUUGCUGGGAUUCUUACAAAGAAUCCUGGCUUAGAUGAAAUUUGGCCUGAAGGAGCACACCACAUAGUCUUAACUAAGAGAAUCACAUAAUAGAGAUAAGCUUUGCCUUAACUUUAUGAGAUACGAAGUACUCUUGCUUCAUACAUAUAAAACACAUAACUAGAAACUUGUGAUUCCUGGUGUGAACAAAAAUACAGACCACACAAGAAAGGCCACCCUUGUUUUAGAGCUACCUCUUGUAAGAGAUAAUUUUGUGCACAAAGGAAGACAAUAUAUGUCUGUCCCUCAGUGCAAGGUAAUAUAUAGUCACUACCAGGAGCAACAAAAACCUAAAGGUGGAUGUUUCACGUGAACAUUAGUGUUUCAUAUAUGCAAUCAGUUUGAACUGAUAUUCAUUAAUGUACAUAAUUCAGUGCUAAUCAUAGGCACUUGAAUAAUAGCAGUCAAAUAGACUGUAGACUUAGUUGCAGUGGAACAAUUUCUUAUUCAAGUCUUUGUAUAACAUCACAGAUUUUUUAAAAAUCAUUUUCAUUCAAACAUCUUUUUACUUGGGAAAUAUAGCAUCAUUUCCCUUGGUUGUUUUAAUUUUUAUCCAAUAGACAUUUCCUUGACAUUAUUUUAUUACAUUGCCAUUGGGUCUCUAUAUCAGGAGAAAAGUGGAAUAAAAAUAAAGUAAUAAUUGAGUUGGCAUUAAGUUCCUAAUUUGGAGAUGUCUGAUGUAAUACAUUGGGUAUUUUUUAAAAUAUGAAAACUGCUAAUUUGUUUUCUGCAUGCAUUUCAGUAGAGCCCGGAUAUUGUUCAAUGUGUGGAACAAACUUUGUUAUGAAAUGUCUUCCUAUUUGUAUUCCUUUACCAUCUUUAAAACUGAGUAGUUGACCACUUGGCAAGCACAAGAAGUAUGCAAGGCCUCUUGAGAGUCUCCUCUGUGUACAACCCUCUCCCUGCAUUUCAGGGAACUUCUUCAAUUAGUGGAUGUUCGCUGUUGGCUCUUAACCAUUGGUAUAGCCUGAGAAUACUUUAAACCAUAUAAAAGUGGUGGCCUGACCAUCCUUUAAUUCAUUUGUCUGUGGUGUGUGCCAUGAUCUCCUUUGUAAAUAGUCUCUUAGAUUUAAAGACUCAAUCCUGUUAAUUUUAGCUUGCCCAGAUUCACUUUUCCUCUAUUUUAGGCAAACCAAUUACAAGGCUUGUUUCAAAAAUUUCAAGAGUGGAGUGUAGCCAUUUUUGUCUGUUGCCACAAAGCCAAUCCUGUUUGAUGGCACCUCAAAGACUAACUUGUUUUGUUUUUCAUAACUUUUCAUGGAUUGAAACUCACUUCAUCAGAUGCAUGAAGUUUUCACCUUAGUAGUCAAGACACUUAUAUAUAUGCUGGGCUGAAGACUGGAAAUACAGAAAAUUGCCAGCAAGUUAUGAUCAUACCAGUGGUCAUUUUAGAAGUUGAGAGAAGAUGUCAAAGCAUGGCCAGCAGAUUAGCACCUGUAUAAUGAAGAAAAGUGUUUUGUGCAAUCCAAGUAUAAGAGAGAAAGCUUCAUAAUUUAUAUCAUUUGUGUAUGAGGCUUUGUCUCUUGCUAGAGUACUUUGUGCAUCUGCAGUAUCAACAUGUGACGUGUGACUAGAAAAACUGGAGUUGUUUGUCUUAGCUUUUUUGAAAUGUGGGUGACCUCUGUCUUGCAACUUGCUCUGUAUAUGCAGUUUAAACGCUUUCCCUUGUGUCCAGACAGUCCUGGUGAAGUGAGCAGUUGUUCAGUCAUCUACAGAUGAGCCCUGACGUCUGUCAAGUCUUGUUCAUAGUUUACAUAUUCUUGUGCCUGUCUAAAAACAUUGUAAAACCAGUUGUUUUAUUUGUACUGGAUUGGUGGGAUGUGUCCCUUUUAUGAAAUCCUGUUUCCAAGUUAAGAUGCAGGAGAACACCUCAAUCAUGUGUUAAGGGCAAUUUUCCUAUGGUGCUGUAUUUAAUGCCCCUUUUCUGUGAAAGGCGAUCAAGAUCUAAUAAAGGACUCCCGGCUGUGAAAUUGAACUCACCAAACCUUGGACUACCUUCUCAAGAUCUCCCUUUGCUCUAUACAGCUCCACACAAUGCAGCUACUGACAUGUUUUCUACUUUGUUUCUGCACUUUUUAAAAACUGGAAUUGAAUUUGUCUUGUACAGUUUUUCCUUUGCCCCCUUUCUCACAAGCAACUGCUGCAUAGAGCAGAAAGGACUCUGUGUUUAUCUGGAGCGCACCACUAUGGGGCACCACAUGAUGCUGCUGCUAAAUUGGAGGGGUGGGGGAGAAAGAGGUAAACACCUAUAAAAUAGGUGUAUAAUUUGGGGGUAAAUGUAUGUUUUAUGUGGUCUCUAACAUUAAAUCGGGAACUGGCGGUCACAUAUAAUUUGUACUACUCAGUUGAACACACAUCCCAUCAGAUAUUUACAUGUUUUCUAUUGUACUCUUGUGAAUAUUUUAAUACACUUUUUCCAUUA